GGGCUUCUUGUGAUUCAUGAGAUAGUUUGCUUUUUCUGGAUUCUUUUCUUUCUCAUGACCCUUUUCUUUUACUCAAUAUUUCUUGUGCUUGGAGAUAACGAGUGUUAGCUUUGUUCCCUCUCUUUUUGUGUUUUAUUUUUGUGGGUUUUAAUUUUUUUGUUUUUUCAGAUAAAGUUUGUUUCUUUCAAGUUUCGGUUGAUUCUUUCUCACCAGAGUUGACGAAGGCUGAUUGUUGACGAAGAAAUAUCUGGACCUUCUAACAAGCAUGAGAAAUAAAUACGGAAUCGUCUGGAACUCCCUGUUAUUAUUCUGUAAAUCUUUCUGGACGUACGCUGGAGAUGUAAGAGCAAUGGUUGCCACCGAUGCUGAUGUUAAGGAGUAUCCGAAUCGUUACGUGUUCGUGAUCGACAUGCCUGGCGUGAAAGCUGAAGACAUUAAGGUGGAGGUGAAAGAGGACAAUGUGUUAAUCAUUAGCGGCUAUAGGAAGAGGGAGGAGGAGAGAGAAGGGGUUGAGUAUUUGAGGAUGGAAAGAAGAAUCGGAAAGUUCAUGCGCAGGUUUCCGCUUCCAGACGAUGCCAACUCUCAUGUCAUAUCUUUCAUGGACCAGAAUGGUGUGCUCACCGUCACCAUCAAGAAGUUGCCUCCUCCUAUUGAUUUCAAGUUUGAUUAAUAGAACAUGUACGGUACACAAUCCUUUUGAAAAAAAUGUUAAAAUCUUAAGUUCGUA